ACUACCUUAGAGAAUACUCAGAGGCAUUGAGAGGAUGGCGGUGGAAAUACAUCUCCCAUGCUGCUUCGCUCUCAAGUCGAAGCGCCAUGAGAGCUACCUUCGUUAUGUUCACGAGGAAGGAGACGAGACGACCAACGGGCAGCUGCAGCUCAACGGCGAGGACGCCGUCAACCCCUUCACCAGGUUCGAUUCCGAGCCGUCGCUGCUGCACGAAGGUAUGGUUCACAUUCGAUGCCGCUACAACCGCAAGUACUGGGUGCCUCGUCAGCGUGGCGGCGGCUGGUGGAUCGCCGCGGACGCCCAUGAGCCGGAAGAAGACAUCGACAGCGCCAACUGCACCCUCAUCAAACCCAUCAUCAGUGUCACAGACUCCAAGUCCAAGGCCAACGAUGACGAUACUACUACUGGAGCCGCCAUGACCGAGCCCGUCCUUGACCGGGAGAUCUACAACGUCGAGUACAGGCUGAACAAUGUCAGGAUCUACGAAACCAGCGUCAUCACCAUGGCCACCACGGCCGCCGUCAAUGACACCUCCAAGGAGAACAUCAAGACGCUCACUCUCGCCUACGAGGAGUCCGAGUUGAGCACCUGGGACGCCACCCUCGAGCUCAAGCUAGGGUACAAGUCCAGGCUCCGAGCCGGGUUCCCAAAGCUCGGCCUCGGUGCCACCGUCAACAUCUCCGCCGAGUUCUUCGGGGCCUACAACUGGGCCGAGACCAUGGAGAAGAAGGUGAGCCAUGAGGUUGAGUACGAGGUCACCGUGCCUCCCAAGACCAAGGUAACCGUCAGACUCAUCGCGACGAGGAGUGCCAUCGACGUCCCCUUCGACUACCAGCAGAGGGACGUCAUGUCCACCGACGGAAAAGCUCGGGUUGUUAGCAGGACGGAUGGCCUCUACACUGGCGUCAACAGCUACAACUUCAAGUUCCAGACCACGGAGGAGAAGCUCAAGCCAAGGCUUUUGGCCACAACCCCUCCUUGAGUUCUGUAUACGUACAUGUAUGGGACGUACUAAUAAAUAAAGUCCAUAAAACGAGUGCCGGGUCCCAAUGUGUUUCCAAAGUUUUCCAGUGAGUUGUACUAAUAAAAAAAUAAUCCAAA